AUGAAGGAGACUUGUGCUACUUGUACUAAACGAGCAGGCAUUCUGAAAUGUGAAGGAUGCCAAGGUAUAUUUUGUCGCGACGAUAUGAAUACACAUCGAAAUGAACUUACUCAACAGGUUGAAGAAUUUGUAGGUGAAUUAGAUAAAUUUCAGGAAACAUCACGUGUAGCAAACGCUGAUUUGAAAUCUUCUUGGAUAUUUUAUAUUGAUGCCUGGGAAACAAAAUCGAUUCAAAAGAUACAAGAAACUGCUAAAGAAGCACGUCAACAAUUGGAGACAAUGAUUGUAUCGAACGACGAAGAGAACAUUGGAAAUAUUCAUAAAAUCGUCGAGCAACUACAUCAAAACCAACGAGAUGGUAAUUAUGAUGAACGAGAUUUAGUGAUAUGGAAGGAAAAGUUAGACAAAUUGAAAGAAAUCGUUUCGAAACCAAAUAUCUCUGUCAAGGAGAAAAAAAUAGAGUCUUCUUUCAUAAAUGAAAUUCGUGUCAAUGAACGAGAUGUAUUUGAUCAAACGUGUGGUGAUGUGCAUAUUAAAGAAGAAAAUCAACUCGCUUGCCAUAAUUUUAAUCUAUUCGGUAGUCAUGGUGAAAUUCGUGGGAAAAGAGAAUAUAGUAAUGGCAUCCAUCGAAUUCGGUUGAAAAUCGAAACUCUUGAUAUGCGUCCAUGGUGGUUUUUUGGUAUUAUCUCCAAGUCAACACCUAUGCAAUCAAACUCUACUAAGUCACUGUCAGCAUAUGGUUGGGCAGGCAAAAAUGAAACGUUUAUGAACGGACAAAUUUCAAAGAAUAUGAAUGGAUAUAUAGGUGAUUAUUUAAAAGAUGAUAUAAUUGAAUUAAUUCUUGAUUGCAAUCAUCGGAUUAUUCGUAUGAAUAAUCUUCGUUCGACAAAAUCUUAUGAAUUAAACGUCGAUCUUACACAUUGUCCCUUUCCUUGGAUGAUUCAUUUAAAUUUAUUUCAUAUUCAAACUCGUAUACGAAUAGAUCCAUAA